CAAUCGAUGCAGAUAACAGUUGACUCGCACAUGGCACAUGGUGACAUUGGAAAGUUUAUAUAAUGAAUAUUAUAACUCGAACUGAUAUUUUAAAUAUUCACAGCUGCAGUGUUAUCACGUCAUUGUGCCGUGCGUUUACGUCCGGAAUAGCAGAUAAUGUAGAGAAGUUGGUGAAGAAGAAUAAAGUUGUCGUCUUUAUGAAAGGUGUCCCAGAAGAACCGAAAUGUGGAUUUAGCAAUGCUGUAGUUCAGAUUUUUAGAAUGCAUGGUGUAACUUAUGAUGCUCAUGAUGUCCUCAAAGACGAAGAAUUACGAAAAGGAGUGAAGGCAUUUUCAAAUUGGCCAACAAUCCCCCAAGUUUUUAUUGGGGGUGAAUUUGUAGGAGGCUGCGACAUCAUGUUGCAGAUGCACCAGAAUGGUGAUCUGGUAGAAGAGCUUCGUAAAGCAGGCAUCAGGUCAGCCUUGCUAGAUAAAGAAACUGAAGACACAAAGUGAUAUGAGUUUGACCAUCCUUAAAGUGCAGGACUAACACUUAGCAGUGAAAAUAUAUUCAUUUAUUUUACGUUUAAAGUACAAAACAAACUAAUGUAUAUUAUGUAUAAUGCGUAUCAUGUAAAUAAAACAUUUUGAUUUCAGUCA